AUGUUCAUGGCCGUUAAAGUGCUGAACGACCUCGAGGCGCCUGUUGAGGUGAAGGACCCAGAGUCUGAAACUUGGAAAGUGGUGUAUCCGAAGCAGUCACUGCUUCUGCCAGGUGACGAAGUGACACAGGUCCGGCUGCGCGAGGAGCCAGCAGUGCAGAGCACUUCUGAGCGUCAGGGGACGUUGCGCACCUCGGAAGAUUUUGGCGAAGUCAGCACGCGUGGGAAAGACCUGGACUUCUCGCAUCAAAGAUCCGUGGCGAGAGAGAAAAACCGCCAAGAGAUGGCCACAGAGCGAAAACAGCGACUGCGGCAAGCACGGAAGGAGUUCAAUGUAGAACUCUUGUGCCUAUGCUGCAUGGUAGGAUGCAUACUGGGAGUGUUUCCGCCUUUACUUUUUGUAGUCGCCUCUGCUACGCCGGAGCACUAUGGAGAAGCAUUUGGAUUGGCCGUUGCAGCGGCCCUCUUGUGCUGUUUCGUUUUUAGCAUGGAGAAGGUUGAAGGCGGCGGCAGGGGCUCUUAUUGCACCCCCUCCGUGGCCUGUGCCUCCUGCUCCCUUUGCGUUGGUGGACUGCUAUGCUUUGCGGCAUUGGUUUGGAUGACGAUCCGAGAUGGCUUUGGGUGGACCUUUUUCAUCGUCUGGCCGGUAGCCUGCUUGUGCGGCUGGCGGAUCGAAUGGGUAUGCUGUGAGCGUGGGUGGGAAGAUUCUGGGGCCGUGUCGCUCGGGGCCUUCAACGUAGAAGUCGUGGAGGCCGAGAUCCAGAGGAGAAGCAUCCGGUUUGAAGGAUCGGUGAUCCGUGAGGUUGGCAGGCCCUGCAUCACUUCCUGGCCUGGUAAGUACGAAGGGGCCUGGGAGAGGCUGGUCGCUGAGAGUCGGCAGGGGCAGGUCAGCGCGGCCGUGGUGUUCCUGCCAGACGGUUUCAUUCGCCUGACGAGCCUCUGGUUUGCUUCAGGCCGCGCAGUUGGAAAGCCGACGUCUUCUCGAAGCCAGACGCAACUCCUUCGAGCCAUACGCGUCAUCACGUCGGCUGCCAGGUUGCCGUGUGGUGAUCCAGGAAUCCAGAUACACUUGCAUGACGAGUCUCCGUUCUGA